AAUGUUUAGUUACGAGCAUCCUGAAGGGUUUGACCGGCAACCUUCUAAAGAAGAAACACUUUGGCAGAAUGAAAUUAAAGAGGUGAUCUGGUUGGAGCUUCAGGCCUGGUUUGCUGGCAGGACCCUAGCUGACCAGGACAAGUGGUUAAUCAGUGAAAGAGAGAAAGUUGAUGAUCUGGCGAACCUAGUUUCUUCAUUCAGAUUCUCUGGUGGAGGAGAGGACUUAUCUCGAAGAUCUAGUAGCUGUGCUGUCAUGAGGAAUUCUGAAAUAGGAUUCGAGCACCAGACCUCUAGUUCCAAUUCUGGUCUAGGAUUUGAGCAUCAGACCUCUAGUUCCAAUUCUGGUAUAGGGUUCGAGCACCAGACCUCUAGUUCAUCUUCAGCAUCUGUCCAGGAUAUAUUUUAUGAUGCUCUAGACACAGUUACUAGACACAGCACCGAUACAGGGGUAUCUGGACAAAAUUUAGAAGCUGCACUAUCAAAGCUUGGAUUGUCUUCGAACUCAACCACGUCCGGGCUGACCUCCAGCUCAA